UCCGCAGCCGACCUCCAGUUCGGCCAGCCCGUCCAUGAGACUCAUCCACACAUUCUCAAGGCCGGCGAGAUAACCCCCGGCAUCACCGCCCAAGAAUACGCCGACCGCCGCGCCGCCCUCGCCGACGCCCUCCCCCUCGGCAGCUCCGCCAUCCUGCACGCCGCGCCGCUGCAGUACAAGUCGGGCGCCGUCUUCCACCCGUACCGCCAGGAAACCAACUUCCUCUACCUCACCGGCUGGGACGAGCCCGAUGCCGUGGCCGUGAUCGAAAAGACGGGCCCCCAGUGGGGGGACUACCUCUUCCGCAUGUUCGUCAAGCCAAAGAACCCGCGCGAGGAGCAGUGGUCCGGCUACCGCAACGGCGUCCAGGCCGCCCAGGACGUGUGGAACGCCGACGAGGCCUGGUCCAUCGACUCGCUCGAGGCCGUCCUCCCAAAGCUCCUCAAGCCCGCCAAGCUCAUCUACACCGACGUCUCCGCCGAGUCCGCAAAGACCCAGCACAGCUCCUCCCUGUGGCGCUUCAUCACCGGCGCCACCUCCUCGUCCUCGUCCUCGUCCUCGUCCACCACCGGCAACCGCCCGCUCCACCCCGUCAUGAACAAGCUCCGCGCCGUCAAGAGUCCCGCCGAAGUCGCCAACAUGCGCGCCGCGGGCCGCAUCUCCGGCCGCGCCAUCACGGACGCCAUGCGCCGCCCCUGGACCAGGGAAAAGGACCUGCACGCCUUCCUCGACUACGAGUUCACGCGCAACGGCUGCGACGGACCGGCCUACAUCCCCGUCGUCGCCGGCGGCCCGCGCGCAAACUGCAUCCACUACACGGUCAACAACCAGGUCCUGCGGGGCGAGGAGCUCAUCCUCGUCGACGCCGGCGGCCAGCACGGCACCUACAUCACCGACAUCUCCCGCACCUGGCCCGCGUCGGGAAAGUUCUCCCCCGCCCAGCGCGACCUCUACGAGGCCGUCCUCAAGGUCCAGCGCACCAGCGUCUCCCUGUGCCGCGAGUCGGCGCGCAUGUCCCUCGAGGACAUCCACGGCGUCACCGUCCGCGGCCUGCUCGACCAGCUCAAGGCCAUUGGCUUCACCAACCUCACGUCGUAUAACAUCAACGAGCUGUUUCCGCACCACGUCGGCCACUAUAUCGGCUUGGACGUGCAUGAUUGUCCGGGCUACAGCAGGAGGGAGAUUCUCAAGAGGGGGCACUGCGUCACGGUCGAGCCGGGCGUCUACGUCCCUGACGAUGAGCGCUGGCCGAAGCAUUUCAGGGGCAUGGGGGUCAGGAUCGAGGACAGUAUCUGCGUGGAUGAGGAUGCGCCGUAUAUCCUUACCACGGAGGCUGUGAAGGAGGUUGUGGAUAUCGAAGCAUUGAGG